GCCCCCGAAACGUUGUCCGAGGGGUGGACACGAAUUUGUUGAUGUUUUGGGCUGCAAAGUUGGCCGCCAGACUCUGCGGUCGGCGCCGGAAUGCUGUCGUUUCUUGACCGAGUUGUGCACGGAGGCGGUGACUCACGGGAAUGGCAAGCUGUGUCCCAGUAACCGAGCUAGAGUCGACGGAAGACCGAAUGCACCAGUGCUACGACAACUACGUUAUUGUUGAUAUCGGUGCUAAUUUGACCAACAAAAAAUACUCCAGAGACCUAGACUCGGUCAUUCAAAGGGCCAAAGAUUCAGGGGUCCAGAAAAUAAUGGUGACUGGGACAUCACUCAAAAUCAGCCGGGAAGCACUCCGACUGACACGAAUUUAUCCUGGCUCUUUGUAUUCAACUGCUGGAAUACACCCACACGAUGCAAAAUCUUGGGAGGAGGGCUAUUACGAAGAAUUACGAGACAUAGCUCAGAGCUCAGAGUGCGUAGCAAUCGGAGAAUGCGGCCUGGACUAUAAUCGAAACUUUUCCACUGUCGAAGAGCAAAGAGAGGUGUUUGAAAAGCAGGUGCAACUGGCUUGUGAGUUGAGGAAGCCUCUGUUCCUGCACGAACGCGACGCCCAUGACGACUUGUUGGAAAUUCUCGACAAGCACCGCGACCGUCUUCCAGCUGCCGUUGUCCACUGUUUCACUGGCACAGUCGAGCAGGCUAACCAUUAUCUCGAAAGAGGAAUGUACAUUGGCCUGACCGGUUUCUUGUGCAAAGACAAAUCUGACAACGGAGUGCGGAAAAUGCUGGAAGACGGCACAUUGCCGCUGGACAAAUUGUUAGUUGAGACUGACGCCCCCUUCAUGUACCCGAACACACGAGCCUCGAAACUGCCGACCCAUGUCAAAGAAGCCCUUACGGAACGAUCUUUGACUUUCCUUCACCGAUACUGUACUUUUCAACGCAACGAGCCGUGCUCAUUGCCAGCGAUUGUGGAAAUGAUUGCUGCAUUUAUGAAAAAACCUGUUGAGGAGGUGGCCCUGGCAACAGCUUUCAACGCCCUCAAGCUUUUUGGCCUCUCCCAGUGAUCUUGCCAUGCUGAACAAGCCAAGGAACACACAUGACAAUCAAGAUGUAUCAACUGCAUGCGUCGGGAAAUGUUGAUUCGUCCCAAUCUUUGAUUUCUGUUAGCAGAAAAUGGGAAUUCACGCAGCUUUUUGUUAUUAACCCAGUAGUUGGAAAAGUACUGUGAGCAGCCAUAGAUUUUGUAUGCUAUAAAUAUAUUAUUUACACUUGUACAUAGCAAGAGUCAACAUUAAAUUUAUAUUGUGUUGAAGUUGAAAGGAAAUGUAUCUGUUUUGUAAAAAAUUUUAUUUUAUGCUAUUACGAACGUGAUGACAAUAUUUAUGCCAAAUUUUUAAAUGGCACAAUAACAAUCUUUUGUAUUUAUUUGCCCAUUUGAUUAAAAGGGUAUUCUUAAAAAUAAAUGUGAUUUUUUCAAAAGGA